AACAUUGUCUAGUGCCUUCACCGACAAAUACAAACAUGAAGACCUUUGUUAUUCUCUUCGGACUUGUGACGGUCGCGGUAGCUGCACCCCAAUCACCUACUGAACCCAUCCCGAUCCUGAAGCAGGAGAGCAGCAUCGAGCCUGAUGGGUCCUACCAAUACUCUUAUGAGACUGGAAAUGGUAUCUCCGCUGCCGAGCGAGGCGCUCUCAAAAACAUCGGCGCUGAAGAACCUGCUUUACAGGUUGAAGGUCAAUUCCAGUACCCAAGCGAGGACGGUGGUACUAUCCAGUUGUCCUACAUCGCCAAUGAGAACGGCUUCCAGCCUCAGGGAUCACAUUUACCCACACCACCCCCAAUUCCUGAAGUCAUCCAGCGCGCUCUCGCAUACCUCGCCACCGCACCCCCACAGCCUGAAAACAACAGGCCAUAAUUAUUCCGUUAAUUUGCUUAAAAAAAGAGUUAAUUCAGUAAUUCUAGUUGAAUUUGAGAUGCCAAUUUAUUUCUUAACGUAUUUAAGUAAUUUCAGAUAUUCUUUUUUAUAUUUUUGUACAGAAUUGUUCUAUUUAUGAUGUAAGUAAUAAAAUAUUCUAAAUUU